AUGGCAGUUGCCAAAGGGCACGGGCUUGAUUUUUCGUACCUUGAGCAGUUAGGCUUCAAAUGUCAGCGUGACUUUAUGCCUGAGGAUGAAGGGUGCGCAAAGAAUCAUCCUUCAGCUCUCCCAGCUCUCUCCGAUCAAAGCAACAUGUGUACCAACAGCCCUCUCAUGCUCUUAGAAGAAAUCUCUUCAUCACAAGAAGCUCAGACUGCUUUCAACUUCAAGGCUGGUGAGGAGCAUUGGAUGCAUUCAAACUCUACUGUUCUUAGCUUUGAACAAAAGUUUGGCUAUGGGGAGAAUUGUAUUAAUUGGAUUGAACCUAAUAAUCAUGACUAUCAAAUGAACCACUACCUGAACAAGAGGAGUGGAAGUGAUUCAAGUGAAAUACAGGCAGCUGAUUAUGGUUUAAUGGACAAUCAACAGUGCCAAAACCGAUUCAAGAUUUUCUAUUCGAGCAUAAGUUCUGGGGAAGACUUUGAAAGCGUCGGCAGGCAGCAGCACGGCCUGCAAAAGCGACAAUUUUUGGAAAGUGACAUGCAAGGUUCAAAAAAGCAUUGUGCCAAUAACAAGAAGCAAUCCAAGGCUAAGAUUAUUGCUACAUCAAAAGACCCACAAAGUAUUGCAGCAAAGAUUCGAAGGGAGAGGAUCAGUGAACGGCUCAAAAUAUUGCAAGACCUUGUUCCAAAUGGCUCAAAGGUUGACUUGGUUACCAUGCUAGAGAAAGCCAUUAGCUAUGUAAAAUUCCUUCAAUUGCAGGUUAAGGUGUUGGCAACAGAUGAGUUCUGGCCAGCCCAGGGAGGGAAGGCACCUGAAGUUUCUCAUGUGAAAGAGGCCAUUGAUGCUAUCUUAUCUUCUCAUCAACAGAGGAACUCUAAUUGCAAAUUUUGA